CUCUUUGAGCUUUUCGUCGGUCAGCCGCCCUUCGACAGCUUCUUGAUAACACCCACGAUCCUCGUCGGUCAAAUGCGAGAGAUGGCAACUGAUGCUCUACCUGAGAGAUGGCAAGACUUAUGGAAGACGAUGGAUGACAAAGCUGCCGCCGAAAUCUCAGGACCCGCAUUGCAAGAGUGGCUAGAAGACAUGUAUUUUGAUGGUGAGCGGAACGAAGACUUGACAAAGGGAGAUAUAGCUAAGCUGGGGCAAAUUAUUGGAAAAUUGCUGCGGUUUGAGCCGUCCACCAGGGCGUCAGCGAGGGAAAUUCUGAACGACCCUUGGUUUAAUUGUAACUCAUAA